AUGCAAGUUGGUAUCGGUGAGAGAGUCCAGACUGAGCAGCCAUUUCAGAAGCUGUAUAUCGAUUUCCUGGGGAAAUAUCCGAGGUCGAAGAAGGGACAGGCCCACAUCUUCAUUGUGGUGAAUCACUUCUCCAAAUACACUUUUCUGAAAGCCAUGCAAGAGGCAUCGGCCGCAAAUGUAGUGGAGUUCCUCAUUCACGAGGUUUUCUACAAGUUUGGGGUACCAGAAAUAGUGCAUUCGGACAACGGCCGCCAGUUUACGUCCAAGAUCUUCGAGAAGGCGAUGGAAAGCUUUGGCAUUACGCACAUCAAGACGCCAGUCCACUCUCCGCAAAGCAACGCAACGGAAAGGCCGCCGGGGACCCUAUCUAAAGAGCCCCGGAAAUUUAGAAGAUUCGGGAAGGUGAACACUUACCAGGCGGACCUAACCUGGUCGUGA